CUGGCUAAGCGCCGCUGCAUUACCGGACCAUUACUUUCAACUGCACGUUUCUCCCUGGAGAAGCUGCAGCCUGUCAGCAUGGCUCAGGAGUUUGUGAACUGCAAGAUCCAGUCUGGGAAGGUGGUCGUGUUCAUCAAGCCCACCUGCCCCUACUGCAGAAAGACCCAAGAAAUCCUCAAUCAACUGCCUUUCAAACAAGGUCUUCUGGAGUUUGUGGACAUCACAGCCACUAACAACACCAGUGCGAUUCAAGAUUAUUUACAACAGCUCACCGGAGCGAGAACAGUUCCUCGGGUCUUCAUAGGUAAAGACUGCAUAGGCGGAUGCAGUGAUCUAAUCUCCAUGCAGCAGACUGGGGAGCUGAUGUCUCGGCUGAAGCAGAUUGGAGCUCUGCAGUUAUAAAAGGGGUGGCAGGCAGAGACCACGAUGACACAGCUGUCUAACCAUGCUGAUGGCCAGUGCCCCUGAGAGUUGACGUGCAUUGCAGAGGAUGUCAGUAUUUCCUGGUGACUGGGAUUUUCAACAAAGCGGCCUUUAUUCUUCUUUUCCUCAGUGCUAAAAACUGUUGCAAUUUGCCCCUAACCAUGGGGCCCAAGAAGCUUAACAGACCACACUGGUUUGAUUAUCCAUUCUUCAUGUGCCAACAUGUCUCUACCUCUAAGUCCAUGUGUUCCAAAUCCAGUUGAUCUAAAUCUCCAGUGAAUCUGUUGCUGGUUUUCUGCUACUGUUCGUCAGCUGAAGUCAUUUUGCAGAAGUCCACUUUCUAAAGAAUUAUUGAAUCAAUAGAUAUGAAAAUUUUGUUUACUGAGUCAUGCAUAGGCUCCUCUCUCCCUCAUGCAUGCACCCUUCCCACUUUUGCAUUCACUGCCCUUACUUAGCCAGUGUUCUCAACCUUAUCUGUUCCUACAACCCACAGACGUCCACACUGUGUGAGGAUGCUGUUUGAAAAAUCAGAUGAACUUUAGCAUAGUUUGUCCUCACGGAGGCCACGUUAACUUAGGUGGCAGAACAGGUGGUGCAUUCAGCUCCGUCUGUAAAGGUGAUUAAUUGUCCAGAAAAUCCCAAGCAGCUGUGUGUUGAUCCGAGUUAGAGUACCAGAAAAAUCAAAUCUGAAAUACAAAAUUGCAAAAUUCUCCUUCCAGGAAUUUGAAAGACAUUGUUUCUGAAACAUUGUCCUAAACAGUUUCUUCCAUCCAAACUUUGACAUUUUGCUUUGAUGUCUUGCUAUGAUGUUUAAUUCUCAUGGAACUGUAGGUCACUUCUCUGGUCUCCGGUGAGAAGGAUUCAUUACUAAUAAAGAUGUAUCUAUAGAUGACUAGUGA